CAGCCACAUUCAACGCCAUGGCCUUCCCCCACUCCGGCCUUCUCCUCGUCGCCGUCCUCCUUCUCAAGGCAAAUGCUAUACCCACAGAAAAGCCCUGCACAAUCCAUGAUCCAUCAACUAGUGAUUACUUCGAUUUAAACCCCCUCAAAUCCAACACAGACUACAAACUCACCACACCCGGCGGUCACAAUUUCUACCUCAACGUCUGCCGUGGCGUUAACACUGACCUCUGGGGUCUCGAUGAUCCCAAUAUUGGUGGAUUUAUCCGUAGGGAUCAUGGAGACUUUUCUGUAGGUCUCAGCAACACGACACUUCUCAUCAGCGAAGGAAUUCCCAAAUUGCGUAUGGGCAAAGGAGGCAAGUGCGUCUCGGGUAACGGUGAGGAGACAGGUGAUUUAGCGGAGACAGUUGUAGAGUUCCAGUGUGAUCGGAGCGUAUUUGGGAGGGGGGAGCCAAGGUUGAGAGCGCAAUUACCCUUGGAGGAUGAGAAGGCUUGCGCAUUUUUUGUAGAGUGGAGGACUCAUUUUGCUUGCCCUACAGGUGAACCCGGUGGCCCAUGGGGCUUCCUCACCUUCAUCGUCAUCAUUAUUCUCAUCUUUCUCAUGCUCUACCUCCUCUUCGGAACACUCUAUAACCGAUACGUCCUCCGUCUCCGUGGAUUCGAUCAAUUACCCCAGUUCUCAGUCGAAGCGUUCAAAUAUCACGCUUCCGAAGCACUUGACUGGUUCAAAGACUUUAUGAGUAAAGGCUACGAGGGCACACAAAGGGGAUCUACAAAUCCCGUCAGUCAUCAGGCCGGUGUGGACGUUGGUACCGGUUCCGGUCGAGAUGCAGGUGGAGGCGGACAGAGCGUUGGGGGAUUCCUACGCCCUGCACCACAACGUCCUGUACCACAUCCUUCCACGAACCCUGUCAGUCACCACACCAACACGACCACAAACUUCACCCCAAACUCCAGCUCUCAGCCUAUAUCACCAGCACCAGCUUCUCCAUCAUCUCCCCCGAAGAAAAAAGACAAGGACACUGGUCCAGCAACUUCCGAAGAACGCACAUUUAUGCUCGGUGAUGUCGAUGAAGACGAGGACGAUCACAGUGUUGGCAGUCCCAAUCCCAACCCCAACUCUCAUCCUACUGCGCCACCUCCUCAGACAGCAGCACCUCCGAAUCCGACAACACAGGGUGACGGACACGGUGAAGGAGGCGCUAUUCGACUUUGACCUUUGGAAGGCAGAUCCGAGUUUUUCGUAUUUCGGCUCUCGUCUUGGACUGUGUGUACUGUACAUGCAACCCAUCCCUGGUUAUUUCAUUCAAUCUUUCAGGGUUUUUUUUUCACAUAUUAGGGGACGAAGUGUCAGCAUGAAUGGUGGUCAGAUCUUUACAAGAUUAAACCUGUACUUACAAGUAAUUAAGUAACAAAAUACCCUUUCGUUCGAGUUGUCCUGUC